CGAUUAAACGGGAUUUUCACGGCAGUGGGGAUUUCGGUACUCUGGCAACCCCAAACAAUCUCGCGGCACUUGCUCGAGUGACGUUUGGAUUCAGGAAGAGGUUGAGUUUCACGAGCUCGGAAGUUGCUUAGCAAAUGUUAAGUUAACAGUUCCAAAAAUGGCAUCAUGUAGUGACAUGCACAAAUCCAAUCCAGAUGAGUAUCCAUCAUCCAGAUGUAUGGCUGAUAUGGAGAAGGAGUCGUAUCUAAGCCCUACAGAUAGCCCAUCUACAAUUAGUGUCUCAUCCAACAUCCAGGAACAGCAAGGCUAUGAUGUUGAAUUUGAUCCCCCACUGGAGAGCAAGUAUGAAUGUCCCAUCUGCCUGAUGGGUCUACGGUCAGCUGUGCAGACACCAUGUGGUCAUCGCUUCUGUAACAGUUGUAUUAAAAAAUCCAUCAGGGACACGGGGCAAAAAUGUCCAGUUGACAAUGAGGUGCUGACAGAGGACCAGCUUUUUCCAGAUAACUUUGCCAAGAGGGAAAUCCUGUCUCUUACUGUACGCUGCCGCAAUGUUGGCUGUAGUGACAUAAUGGAGCUCAGGCACCUGGAGAAUCACUUGAAGCUAUGUAAAUUUGCUACAGUGCCUUGUCCCCAGUGUCAGAGGCCUGUAUGGAAGAAUAGUAUAGAGGACCAUAUGAAUCAGGACUGUUUACAGCGUCUGAUCACAUGCCCUGACUGUGCAGAGGGUAUCAUCUAUGCUGACAAACAGUUUCAUGAGCAGAUGUGUCCCUUUGUGAAUACAGUGUGUGAGUACUGUGGAAUGGAUUUAAUUCGGGGUCAGUUGUCGUCACACUGUGCCACAGACUGCCUGAAAGCUCCUGUUGCCUGUACGUUCAACAUAUUUGGCUGUCAAGAAAAGAUGCCGAGGAACAACCUGGCCCUUCACAUGCAGGAGUUUACACAGAUGCACAUGCGUUUCAUGGCUGACUUCCUGAGGAAUCAGAGUGUGAAUGGCAUUCUCCCCGCUCCAAAAUGUGGCCCUUCAUGUUCACCCCCAUCCGAACAUGGUGCCAGUUCCAGGGUGGGAGAGCCAUGUCAGUGCAGCCAGGACAUGCAGCAGUUACGUGAGACUGUUGUGGAACUUGAGGGCCGCCUCGUGCGCCAGGACCACCAGUUACGGGAGCUGAGCAUUCGCAAUGAUACACAGCAUACACAGAUAACGGAGCUACGCAAGAAGCUGGCAUCGCUGGAAGAGAAAAUGCACGAGCUGGAAGCUCAGCAGUACCAGGGUGUUUAUGUAUGGCGAUUAGAGGGAUUCUCAGCUCACCUGCAACAACAAGAAGCAGGACAACCAGUAGUGCUCCAUAGCCCACCAUUCUACACAGGAAAGCCAGGGUAUAAGCUGUGCCUGCGACUGCACCUUCAGACACCCAGCGCGCCACGUUGCUCUAACUAUAUCUCAUUGUUUGUGCAUACUAUGCAAGGAGAAUUUGACAGCCAGCUACCGUGGCCCCUUCAGGGCAACAUCCGAUUGUCUGUGCUGGACCAGGCUGAGGGCCAACACCACACUGAGAUAAUGGAAACCAAACCAGACCUUCAGGCCUUCCAAAGGCCCACUAUGCAGCGCAACCCCAAAGGCUUCGGCUAUGUCACAUUCAUGCAGUUGCAGGCAUUGCGCCAGCGUGGUUUUGUUAGGGAUGAUGUGCUGCUAGUGCGCUGUGAGGUCAUGCCUCGCUUUGACACAAGCCUUAGAAGAGAGGGCAUGCAACCUCGAGGACCUGAACCAUCUCUCUGAGCUCAUUUUACUCACUUUGUUGUUGCUUUACAAGUUCUCAGAGACACACCCUAAUAACACAAUGUUUCCUUUUGUUUUAAAGAGACUAUUUUUACAUUCUAUUACAUUUAUACAUUUAAACAGUGCAUUGCUUUAGGGUGGCAGACACAAUACUCAAAUAAUGAAUUAACAGGGGCAUCAGAGAUUCGGCCACUGAGAAACCAGAAGUAUUAAUAGCAGCCCUCGGUUGUGUACUGUGAAAACAAGAACCUGCAUUCAUUGUUUUUUUUAAAUACCAUUCCUUUAAUAACUGAAUAGCUUUUUGGGAAAUAAUUUUGGGAAAGUCUUUCUAAAGGAUGUAGUGGUAUGUAGCAAAAAUGAAUAUCUGUAGAUACUUUAUGCUGAAUGCACUGAAGAAAAUAAAACAAUUAGAUAACAACCCCCUCUGUAACUGAUAAUGAAUGUGUUGCCGUUAGUUCAUUAUCGCACAUUCCAAUAAUAGAAAGAAUUGACAAAAAAGACAGACAAUUUUGCUUGAUAACAACGUAGUGUUUUCUUAGAAGAGCAUUAUCCAGACCCAGGGUUUAGUGUCCUUGGCUGAACAACAGACCAACGGAGCUAUUCAGUCAUUAAGAAGCGCACAAGCCACAAGAUUAACUAUGUCAAGCUAUCGCUAUUGUGUGUGUGUGUGUGUGUGUCUGUGUGUGUGUGUGUGUGUGAGUGAGGACUAAAGGCAUGGCCUAAAAUGAAUUGUUAAUUAAUUAAUUUUUUGUGAUUAUAUUAAACUUUAGAUUGAUUAAAUAUUUGUCUCAGUAACCUACCAAUGAAUACUUUAAUAUAUGAAAAAUAAAUUUGUAAGAUCCAUCUUA